AAAAUAUUUUCCACGUAGUAGUUAUUAAUUAACAACCAUUAGCACAAUGCAUUCAGCAAUUUUAUAUUUUAAAAAUUUAAUAAAACCGCAAUUGUUUAGAAAAAAUGUGUUCAAUCUAAAAGUGAACAGAUUAUCAACUGUAAAUCCAACUUUAACUGAAGAUGAUGGUAACUUUUUUAAAGACGAAAUGGCUGACCUCAAGGCUCAUUAUCCUAUUUUAGCUAAAGACUUGACUAGCUAUAUUUCUCAAUACAAAGAAUUUCCAGGCCUUCUAGAAAGAUUUCCGCAAUUGCUAGAUUACACCGUACCAAAUGAAGACCCCUACUUUUUAACCACAGCUUUAAUUCCAUUAUAUUCAUAUAAAGCUAUUGAAGAACCUGACAAAAUGACUGAGGAAAAUCUUAAGAAGGCUUGUAUUAUGGCCUGGGUCUACAGAAUUUUAGAAGUGUCUCAAAUAAUAGUAGAUGACAUCAUAGAUCAUUCAGAUGUACGAUACAAUAAGCCAGUUUGGUGCAAAAAAGAUGGGGUUUCACUAGAAUUGGCCGUAUUGGAUAGUCAUUAUUUGGCAACUGGUGCAUAUUUGUUGUUAAUGAAACACCUAGAAAACCAUCAAUGUUGUUUGGAUAUAGUACACCUUUAUAUGGAAAAAAUGUUCAUAACUUUCAUUACACAGUUUAUGGAUGUUGACAAUAUUGGCGUAAAACUUUUUUUAAAAGCGAUUCCUUUAAGAUUCGAUAAAGCUCUGUAUAUCUUCGAUGGCAGUAUCAGAAGUGCUUUGUAUUUGGCAAAUAUUAAUGAUAAAGAAACCCAUGAAGCUAUGAAGAAGUUCACAAUACCAAUGAGUAGAUUCUUUCAACUUCAGAACGAUUUCAGCGGAGUAUUUGUAGGCGAAAAUAAGUUCCAAAGAAUAUGUCCAGACAUAAUUGAUGGAAGAAAUUCAUGGUUAGUCGCGACAGCUCUAAGAAUGGCAUCACCAUCACAAAAAAAGAUAAUAGAAGAGAACUAUGGAAACGGUGAUCCAGAAUCUGCUAAAAAAGUUGUGGAGGUCUACUGGGACUUGAAACUAAAUGAAGUACAUGAGAAACGAUCGAAGGAAUUUUCUGAAGAAAUGUAUAACGUUGUGGAAAAUUUUCCAAAAAGAAUACCAAAACAACCCUUCCAUGAUAUGGCUCAACAAUUAGUUUUAAAUAAACUUUAUUCAUAAUGUUUUGAUUAAAAUAAAUGUUUAAGUGAGGAG